CGUCACCGAAAACAAACAGUGUGGUACGAAACUGUUGUCGUACCCCAUGGAUGCGUUGUUCUAGUGAGACUUUCAAAGACCAGUGUUUCCCCAAAUACGUGAUAAAGUCCACCUUCACAAAUGGUUUCUUUGAUUUGCACUUUACAAGAUCACCGUGAUGAUGUCAACUGGUGCGCGUUUUCAGCCACUCUGUUAGCCACCUGCUCUGGGGACAAAACCCUGAGAAUCUACAACACUAAGGACUUCUCCGAGCUGCCCUUCUCCCCACUCACAGGACAUGGCUAUGGUGUGCACUGCUGUUGCUUUAGCAACUGUGGUCAGUUCCUCGCCUCGUGUUCAACUGAUGCCACCGUGAUGAUCUGGUCCAUGGUUUCUGGUGAGAUUGAGGCGGUUUUGGAGCAUCCUGGGUGCAGGCCAGUGCGAGUCUGUACCCUGUCACCAGACUCCGCUCACCUGGUCUCUGGAGCCUCAGAUGGGUCUUUGGCUCUGUGGGACUUUCCAUCCAGACAAUGUUGCAGGACCGGAGCAGUGCCAGACAUGUCGAUGGUGGCUUGCUCGUUCAGCCCCUGCAGUCAGCUCUUUGUGACAGGGUCGACCUAUGGAGACUUGCGCCUCUGGGACCUGAACAUGAACCAACUCCACGCUGAGAAAAAUGCACACGACCUGGGAGUCAGCUGCUGCACCUUUUCCCCGGACAUCCACAGUGGGGGUCAGGUGGUGCAGUUUCGCCUGGCAUCUUGUGGUCAGGACAGUCUUCUGAAGAUCUGGGCUAUUAACAAGCACAAUGGUGGAGUCUACAAAAUGCAGUUGCUUAAUUCUCUGACUGGUCAGUCGGCUCCAGUGCUUUCUUGUGCAUACUCUGCUGAUGGACAGCUGCUUGUGUCAGGAUCUGUUGACAAAACGGUAACAGUCUAUGAUGCUGCAAAUGCCACUUUACUUUACACCUUGAGUCAACAUGACAGAUAUGUUACUGCAUGUUCCUUCUCACCUACUUCUCCUAUCAUUGCCACUGGAUCUAUGGAUAAAACUGUAAACAUCUGGAGGGUGGAAGAUGGAUGCAAUGGGCAAGAAGGAAAGUUGUUAAAUGAGACAACUGUUGUAUCAAAACAUGGGAGGGUGUCCUCGGGCCCAUCCAAGCUGAUGGUCAGUGAUUGGUCAGAGGAAGAUGUGUCUCUGUGGUUGGGGGAGGAGGGCCUGGAGGGAUUGGUGGAAACCUUUAAGUCCAAUAACAUCGACGGCACAGAGCUUCUGAGCCUCACCAAGGAAACACUGGUGUCAGAGCUGCACAUAGAAUCGGUGGGGCUGCGGGGUAAACUGAUGAGGAAAAUAGAGGAGUUGAAGAAUGCGAGUGUUUGCACAGGAGUCCCUGAUGAGUUUCUGUGUCCAAUCACACGAGAGCUCAUGAAGGACCCAGUCAUCGCUGCUGAUGGAUACUCAUAUGAAAGAGAGGCCAUUGAGAGCUGGAUCGAUAUUAAGAAUCGUUCAAGCCCCAUGACCAACCUUCCCUUACUGACCACUCUGCUCACCCCGAACCACACACUCAAGAUGGCCAUUGGACGCUGGAAAAUGACACACUAACUGCUAAAGGGAAGAGAAGAGUUCAUUUGCAAAAACAUAUACUGUAUUUUCUGGACUAUACAGCGCUCCAGAGUAUAAGUCGCACCAGCGAAAAUAUGCAUAAUAUUGAAGAAGAAAAACACAUAUAAGUCACACUGGACUAUAAGUCGCCUUUUUUGUGGAAAUUAUUUGACAAAAUCUGAGGCCAAGAUCAGACAUUUUAUCUUUAAAGGCAAGUUAUAAUAACAACAACAAAAUAGAGAACAAUAGGCUGAAUAGCAGUACAGCACGCUAUCAUAACACAUAGACAACAAACUGAAUACGUGUUUGGUAAGUUUACGUAAGAUAUUAACAGUUAAUCAGAUAACUACGCUAAUGUAACAUAUGCUUGUCCACAAACACAAGAGACACAAGAGUUCUUUUCACUGAGCUCUGGCUCAUAUUACAUAUACACACAAAAUUGCAUACGAACGCAUGGGAAAUACACAUACCAUUUUGGCCUGCUAGUAACCGGUGAACCGAAAACUUUAUAUUUUACUUUUCAAUUGUUUCUUAAACAGUGCUCUGUCGGGUAAAGACUUCACAUUAACGUAAAAACAUUUUGAAAACAGGAAGUAGUCUUUGCGACCUUAAACUAGACUUAAGAUAAACUAAACAUUUACAGUAUUGGUCCAAAUGAAAAAUGAUUACCCUUAUGGUCUUAUAAAUGAAGGGGAAAUGAUCAAGGGGAAAUUAAAUAUGAGAGGUAUAAGGUAAACAAGUCAAGUCAAUUUUCUUACAUGUAUUACAAACACACCAGCACCAUCUAUAGAUCAAACAAGUGAACUGUAUAAUCAACCGUUACAUAAUACAUAUUAAUUCAGCUACAUGAAGCAUAGACAACAAACUGAAUAAGUGUCUGGUAUGUUAACGUACGAUAUUAAAAGUUAAUCAGAUAACUAAAGCAUAAAAAAUAAGAUAAAAAGUUUACUCUUGAUCUCACUCCAAAUCACUAAAUCCAUUGAAUUCUUCAUCCUCGGUGUCACUUUUGAAUGACUCCAUCUGCUCCAGAAGUACAUGAAGCGUUGCUUCCGCUUUCGCUUGGCUGCCAUACUGGUACACAAGCCUAGAGUGCCCUUGCGUAGUUGUCAGUGUGACAAUAACAAAGAUGUGAAAUUAUGUAUUUAAUAAUUUCACAUAUAAGUCGCAUCUGAGUAUAAGUCGCACCCCCGGCCAAACUAUGAAAAAAAAUUGCAGACUUAUAGUCCGGAAAAUAUGGUAUCUCUGUCUUGAAAAUCUGUCUGAUUUCUUUCAUUUUUUUUCUUUUUAUGUUACCAUUUUGUUACCAUCUUCUAUACAUAUUAAAAAUGACAAUACAGUUGAGUGAAUUUGCGCAAGGGAUAGAAUAUUUUUAUUGUACUAAUAUUAAUUUGACCUUUGAAAACCCUGCUAGAAAAAUUAACACAAGGCACAAGGUUUACACAAGGCACUUUUCCAUUUUUGCAAAUGAACUCUAUAUUGCAAUGCUUCAGGGCUAUUUCAUUUCAAGACUUAAUUUAAAAUCUUCCUAAAAGUCAAUAUUUAGUUUUAUAUAAAUCUGCAUGCACUGUUCACUUACUGUUCACCAAUGGCAGUUCAGUUCAUUAGCAUAUUUCUUAUAUGAUUUAUAUGGGUCAUUUUUAAUUAUUUGUUAUAAUUCAGACCCAGUGCACCUAAGCUACAGUGAAAGCAUCCCAUUGUUAUUUUCAAAAUAUUCAGAUAUGUUUUAUUAAUAAAGGUGCAGAAUGUAAUUUUUCUUCUGGUUUAUUUGAGAUGUUAUUGGUUUAGAAUGUGUUUUUAUUGUAGAUUUCAAUAAAAACACCUGUAAUUGAGUAAAUGCAAGUUUAAAUAGUUAAUUGCUACAAUCUGGAGCAUUUUGGCAAUGCAAUAUCCUCUAUAAGGGGGUAAUGCGCUGGCAGACCCUCCACCAGAAAAGUCACAUAGUGCAACUUUAUUAUUAUUUUAUUUUUAAAAAGACCAAGUGGAAAUACAACAUGAAUGGUGCCAUUUAAUUCAUUGUAUCAGAAUUAGCCUUAUUCCUGCCAUAGCUCUUAAUAAUGUUAAGCUUGUUGAAGUCUUUAAAUGUAAUAUUAUUGUAACUCAAAAGGGAUUGUUUCAUUUUGGCUUAAUAUGCAAUUCAGUAAGCCAUACCUGCAAUUGCUUUGUGUCAAUAAAUUACAUUGUUCCACAUAUAGGCAUUGUUCACUUUUAAAUGUAAACAUUAUAUAUCAGGCUGUUUCAUUCAUUCACAUUACAUUACUUGUUUUCAUAUGUUAAUGUGAAAACUGUGACAAAAACACAACCACGUGUGUUCCUACAUUUGUCUUUUAUUUGACCACAAUAAUAUCUGUGGUACAUUCUAUAACCCAUAGCAGACUCUGGAGAGGGUUUAUGAAGUUCAGUGUCUUUAAGGAUUUUCAGUUCAUGUCCCUCCUAUAAAUGUUCAGAUAAAACAAUAAACACUCCAUA